AUGGUCCAGGCAUUCAAGAACUUGGGCAAUGAUGCACGGAAGGGGAAAGGCAGCAUGUCCAAAGGAGGGCCUCUGGAGUGUGGAGUUCCAGAGUUUGGAGAAAGAGAGGUCCACAAGAAUCCUGGAAGAAUGCCAGAAGAACUCUCUACAAAUCAGCAGCUGCUGGCCACCCUGGUGCCGCUCUUCCGGAACUCCCGCCUGGUGCAGUUCCACUUCACCAAGGACCUGGAGACGCUGAAGAGCCUGUGCCGGAUCAUGGACAACGGCUUUGCGGGCUGCGUGCACUUUUCCUACAAGGCCUCGUGCGAGGUGCGUGUGCUCAUGCUCCUGUACUCCUCCGAGAAGAAGAUCUUCAUCGGCCUCAUCCCCCACGACCAGAGCAACUUCGUCAACGGCAUCCGGCGCGUCAUUGCCAACCAGCAGCAGGUCCUACAGCGGAACCUGGAGCAGGAGCAGCAGCAGCGAGGGAUGGGGGGGUAGUGGCCACCCCCCCGGGCUGGGCCUCUCCAGGAGCCACAGACGAGGCCCCCGCCGAGACUGGUCAGAUGCUUCUGAGCAGAGGCCCGUGGGGGCUGCACCUGCCCAGUGAGAUGGAGGACAGCGUCCUGAGAUAUCUCCAAGGACAGUCCCCACCCUCGUACGUUUCCCCAAUAAAAUCUUUUAAAAGCAAAAAAAAAA